GAGGACGUAGACGCUUCUUCAUGUUUUGGCAGUUUCUCACCGAUAAAGCUACACGGAUAUAGAGCCUAUCAAGGAGACAGACCACCAGGAUUUUUAGUGGUUAUCCACGACAAAGCUACGAUGCUACUGACUGGGCAGUGACUGUCGGUGUGAGCUGGUUAGUGCUGCUUCACAAUGGCCGAUGGAAAUGAUGAUGAUGUCAUCCACCUGGCCAGCUUCAACGUGCACCGGAGCCAAGGCUCUCGUGCGGGUCAGAAGGAGUUCAUCACCAUUUCCGACGACUCGGAUGAAGAGCCAGUGACCUUUUUACCCGGCAGUCCUGUUUUAGUCCCAGACGAUGGCGAUGACGACGACGUCAGCAUACUAGAGGUACCGCUUCCGGCACGCAGGGACAUAAUCCGCCAAGCAGCCAAAUGGAGCGGGAUCUUACACAACCCGGGUCAAAGCAGCGAGACGGCCGCCGCCGGGGACCUGGGCUCCGCCGCCUCUACCUCCAGAGACAUCAGGACGAACCAGCCGGCAACACACACGUCGACCGCUGCGCUCCCCACCCCGGCGUUGCCCGCACAGCUUCAGCCAAAGCACCCCGCGUUCAUGCGGUUYCGGGACAACACGCCGGCCCGUCCCGCCGACACUCCGUCUACCUCUAAGCCGUCUGGGAGAGCCACCGUUUUUCAGGUUCAGCCAAGCACGUCGGGACUCCUCCUGGGCCCCUCGGCGUGCGUACUGCGGCGUCAGAGACAUGAAGCUGCAACUGSGGCGUGUUCCUCCGCCAAGCCUSAAGAGACGCCGAGUACGUCCGGAUCCCUCCUCUGCCCCUCGGCGUGUGUACCGCAGCAUCAGCGAUGUGAAGCCGCAACCGCGGCGUGUUCCUCCGCCAAGCCUCAGGAGACAGCGAGUACGAGCGGACGCGCAGCAGUAGCGCACAGUACUCAGGCCAGUAUGUCGUCUGCGCACGCACGGACUCAGCCGCAGCCGGGCACGUCUGCGCAGCACAAGGUCUUCCAGAUGAGCCUGGUCGUGUUUCCGCAGCCRCCCAGCAUCCGGGCGUCAGCGCUCAUAACCCAGCCGCAGCCGCAGCAGCGGCCCAUGAACUUCCUUUCACACAAUCAGCCGCAGGGCAAUCUGGUCCAGAUCGAGCCGCAGCCCCUGGCCCAGGCCCCCGCCCAGGCGCCUCAAGCCGCGCCCGUUGUCCCGCCCGCGGUUCUAAUCGCCGCCGCCCCAGAGAGAUUAGGUCCUCCUGAGGCAGGCCACCGGAUCAUCYUGGGGAGCCAGGCGCCAGCGGAGGCCGUCCCGGAUCCCCCGCCACAGGCCUCCGUGGCGGUGGCGGCGGCGCCCGCCCACGAAGUCUGGCCGGUCAACCUGCCGGUGCCCCACGACGGAGGAGGGGCUGCCGGGCUCGUCCUGGCCCCAAACCCAGAGCAGGUAAAUCCAGCGCCGGCUCUGGUGGCCGUACCCCCUGCACCCGAGGCCGUUCCCCAGAUAGAGGACGCCAGACCCGGACCCUCAGCGCCGCAGGGCGGACUGGACCAGCAGCCUCACGUUAGAGCCCUCAUCACUGGAGUUCUGGAUUUACUCCCWGAUGUCCAGGAAGCGUAUGUAGCAGAACUGAUCCUGAGGAAUAAUGUGAAAGACUUGAAUGUGAUCUGCAACCUGCUGCUGGAGAAUCCAGAGUAUCCGAGGAGGGAGGCGGCUGCAGCCACAGCCGCUCCCACCAGCAUCCUGCUGGAGUCUGGAGACGUGCAGGCGGAGGUGACCGAGGACCUGUUCGACUACGCCAAGCUGAGCACGGUGGGGCCCAUGGUAAUCAUGCAGGCUGCUGACUUGCUGAUGGCAGACUUCAGGAUGCUCAGCUGUCAGGACAUCAAAUGGGCCCUGAACGCCCUGAAGGGACACUAUGCAAUCACACGCAAGGCCUUAUGUGAAGCUCUGAAGAAGUGGCAGGAAUCCGGUGACCCGUCCGGAAAGAGGCGACGGAGCAGGACCUCGUCGGAGCGCUGCUACAUCGAUUUUCACUUUGAGCACGGUUCUUACAAGUUGGACAGAAGGAUGUAUUUUCUGGAGAAUGACCGGCGCUACUGCAGGACGUACAACAACCUGGAAGGUUCUGUCCAAAAGGAGCUGACGUUCUACCAGCAGAAGGCCAAGGAGUGGGCAGAGCACGAAGACUUCCUCCUUGCUCUCCAGGUCAACGAAGAUGAAUACAAGAAGGACGGUCAGCUGAUCGAGUGCGGCUGCUGCUACGGGGAGUUUGCCUUUGAGAAGAUGACGCAGUGCUCGGAYGGACACCUGUUCUGCAAGGAGUGCCUGGUUAAAUAYGCCCAGGAGGCCGUGUUCGGCUCCGGCAAGUCGGAGCUGAGCUGCAUGGAGGACGGCUGCCCGUGCUCCUACCCCAUGUGCGAGCUGCAGAAGGUCCUCCCCGACAACAUCCUGUGCAAAUACAACGAGAGGCAGGCGGAGGAGGCAGUGGCGGCCACCUGCGCCGACGAGUUAGUGAGGUGUCCGUUUUGUAACUUCCCGGCCUUGUUGGACAAAGACAUGUCUCUGUUUAGCUGCCCCAACCCACGCUGCCGCAAGGAGAGCUGCAGGAAGUGUCACGUCCAGUGGAAGCAGCAUGUGGGAAAAACCUGUGAGCAGGUUCUGGAGAGGGACGAGAUCCGCAUGAGAGUUCUGUUCGAGGAGCGGAUGACGGCGGCGCGGGUCAGGAAGUGCGUGAAAUGCGGGACGGGCCUGGUGAAGUCGGAGGGCUGCAACCGGAUGUCAUGCCGCUGCGGCAGCUUCAUGUGCUACCUGUGCCGGGAGCCCAUCACGGGCUACAACCACUUCUGCCAGCAUGCCCGCUCCCCCGGCGCCCCCUGCAGGCACUGUCGCAAAUGCUCGCUCUGGACCGACCCCACGCAAGAUGACGAGCGAAUCAUCCAGGAGAUCCAGAAGGAGGGCGAAGCUGAGCUGAGCAAGAAGUGUGCAGGUCAGUCAGAAGGACGGCACCCGCCGGCACCGGCGCCUCAGGGCCGGAUCUACCACCCCAUCAUCAUCCCGCGAUUGCCCCCGGCGCCCUACGUGCCCCCGCUGCAGCACGUGCCCCCCCUGAACAAUAACAACAACAACAACCAGCACAACCACAACCCGCCCUUCAUGGACUUGCCCAUGCACUACGGACCCCCACCACACUACUACAGACGCUACUGAGAGCGCGACCCGAACCGAACCGACGGACCGCUGAGGCAGAUUCUGUCCGGUUUCUACAGAUAUUUUUGAGUAAUAAAAUUGUAUAAAAGUGGAAAAACAACAACAAAAAAAACCCAAUACAUUGAAGUUUAGCAUUCCCUUCUGUAUUUUUGUCUAACAGGUGUGAAUUUUCUAAUAAUAAAGUUUUCUUCAUGAUGCCUCAGAA